AUGGCACCAAAAUUCAAUUUCAUGGACCUGUCCACGGACAUCAAGACGCUCGUAGUCGAACACAUUACUCGCCCCACCGACCUUCGCAACGUAUGUCUUGUAUGCAAGCAGCUCCACGAAAUUGCCGUCCGCUCGCUAUACCACGAAGUCACACUGGAUGUUGGGAGUUCAAACGAUACACGCCUGGGUGCCUUUCUGAGCCCCAAGAACAUAGGGUUGCAGCAUGUUAGGAAGCUAGAUCUUUAUUUGGCGGACGUACUGGACAAAUGCAAUCAACAGCAGCAGGCGAACUUUGCGAUUCGGAUGAUCUUGGAGCUGCUACCAGAGAACAUAUUGGAGAAGUUCUCAUGGCAUCCAUGGUCACCUUUCUCCGGCGACAACUUGGUGCUAUUAUACAAAAAGCAGAAGAGGAUGAAGUGGCUCGAGGGCAUCGCACUAGACAAGGAGGUUCUUGAAGACGUCAAGAAGAUUCCGGAAUUCGAGAAAGUUUUUGAGAACGUGAAGAAGCUGGGCUUGUAUCCUGACAGCCGGGAGGUACUGGACUACUGCCAUCUGCUGGUCAAAAAUUCGAAGAAUGUCGAGAAGAUCACACUGCAUGCGAGCUUUGAGGAGAACGACUCACCGAUACCGAAUCGGGAGCUCAACGAUUCAAGUACAGAGCCCGGUCUCAUCACGCGCACUAUGUUCAGUCACAUGCACCCGUUUGAGAACUGCACACCGAUGGCCUUGAAGGAAAUAACCCUUCAAAAAAUCAACUUGCGCUAUGCUGCCAACACGUACUGCAGAUUAAUUGACUUCCGGUCUGUCAAGUCUAUCCGGAUCUUCGCCUGUGCGGGCGCCGACGCGCUCAUCGCCGAGCUCAGUAAGAGCACAAAACUACCAGAAAAGCUCGAGACUUUAGAGUUCAAGCACGACGAUAACCAUGAGAAUGAUGGACUAGGAGCCUUGGAUGGCUUCAUGUGUCUGGUAACCGGCAUCAAGACGUUGACAAUAGACUUAUCGUACGCGAAGAGCUUGCCAGCAGCUGCCGGGAUCGUGCGACACAGCAAGACGCUGAAGUCGCUCAACGUGCACGCAAGCCGUAUUCCAGACGAUUGCGACGACGAGUUGGUGUAUGACUAUGCGUCCUUCGCGCAGAUUUGCAAGGAAUGCUCGUUACUUGAGCAGGUGUCUGUUGCGUUUCCGCAAGUUAGCGUCAUACGCUCUAAACAGGACUCAUUCAUUAAUUUCGAGAACUGCCUCGGGGACUUGCCCGACCUUGUAACUUUGAACAUCACAACAUGGCCGAACAACAAUCCAUCCUCCACCAAGCUUCCCCGCAAAAUAUACGAACACCUCCUCCAAGGUCUCGCCCAACAAGGUUUCGAGCGCUCCUCAACCCACGCAGCGGAACAAAAGCGGCCUUCCAAACUCGCAAUCAUUGCGUGGGGUUCUUCGGACAAAGUCUACGACCGUGAAGACAGCCUGAAUCAGGUCAUCUUUGUCAAAGGUAAACAGGUCGAUCCGCUGGGCAACGAGCAGUUCACGGCUGUGCAGAUUGGGUGGUGUCUGAGGAAGUUUGUGGAUGCGGGACCGAAGAGCGACAUUUUGGACUUUUCGCUGGCGAAGAGUUCGAGACCGCCGACAAGGGACAGUGCGAGUAGUGAUGACUCGGAUUGA